AUGUCGACUGCGCUCUGCCAUUGCCGCGCUGUCGCUCCGGCCGGCCGUCGCUUCGGCGCCAAUGCAACGGCCCGCCAGCGAAACCUCGGCCGCUUCAGCGCCGCUGCACCUCUCCGCCCACGACCGUGGGUUGCGGUUGUUCGAGCUGCCGGGCGUGACGAGUCUCUGAAGGACAAGGCCGCCGACGCCGCCAGCCGUGCCCGCGAUGUGGCCUCUGACGCAGCUGAUAAGGUCCGCUCCGCCGCCUCGGCCGCAGGCCACAAGGUCGCGGACGCGGCAGCUGAAGCCAGGGAACGUGUACAGCGCACUGGCGAGGCAGUCGUUGACACCGUCUCCGAAGCGGCCAAGUCCAUCCGGGGUGCGGGGGCCCAUCGUAAGGUAGAGCAGGCCCAGGACUACAUCGAGGACAUCUCGCGCGAUGCCGCCAGGGAGGCCGAGUCCGUGGGUGAAAGGAUGGAGGAUGCGGCGCGGAGUGCGGGAGCUGCAGCUGCUGAUACCGCUGCUGAUGCCGCGCGUUCCGUCCAUCGCGGCGCACGCGACGCCGGCGACGCGAUGGGGAAAGUCUCCCGGGACGCGGGCAAUGCCGCCGCGGACAUGGCUGAGGACGCAAAGAAGGCGGCGGAGAAGGCGCGACGGGAGAUUGAGUGA